AUGGCCUUUGCAGAGCAAUUGACGAGUAACAUGCAGGAGUACUCGAAGGUCCUCGUGAAGGUGUUUGAUGAACUCAACAAAGUACGUUCUAAAACAGAUUCUCUUCUUUAUCAGAUGUUACCUCGACCGAUUGCAGAUAGGUUAAAACGGAAGAGUGCCGUAGAAUCUGAAUUCUUCAAAUCCGCCACGGUAAUCUUUACCAGCGUGGUAGAUUUUGUUCAGAUGAGUAUUGAAUAUUCUCCAAUGGAGCUGAUCGACCUCCUGAAUAUUCUUUAUUCCUCUAUUGAUGACAAAAUUGACAUGUAUGACGUGUACAAGGUGUCUACUUCAAAUGGUAACAGACACACUUCAGGUAUUGCCUACUUGCCCUUGGAUAUAGUGUCGUCAGUGAAGUAUAAGACACUUAUAUCUGUGAACACCAAACAUCCACUGCAUUUAUUGAUGGGUAUAUGUACAGGUUCAGUGUCGGCUGGUGAAGUUGGAAAUGUGAUGCUAAGAUACUGUUUGUUCGGAGACACGGUGAAUACUGUGUCAACAACUUGGAAUUCUGAUGCUAGUGUGCUACUUUUAGUAAUAGGAUUGGAAGUGGCCUGGGAGAGUACAACAUCUAAGCGGGAUAGUUCACUGUCACAUCUAAGUUUGACUGGUAAUGACGGAGCAACGGCUAUCGGAUGUGGAAGAUUGUUCCGGGCAGAUUAUCUGAGCACUCGAGGAAAAUGGAUUCAUUUAGGGAAACUCCUGACAGCAGCGUUUAUCCCUAUACUGGGAGGUUGGACCUUCACAUUGUACUCACUUGCAGAUAACAUUGUGGAAAAAGAUACAACUGUUGAGGCUCAAACAUUGAUGUUGAGGGCGGUCAGUUUAGGAAGACUAAUAUACACGAUCCAGAAAGAACGGGAUAUGAGCAUCUUAUACAUAAGUAAAAUAGGACCAAGCACCAAGGCGUUCUUGAUUGACGAAUACGACAAGACUGACAGAGCGUUUGCUGACAUGUGGAGCUGGCCUUUAGAAUUCACAGUCCAUGAAAAGAAAUAUUUUAGAUCCAAACAAAUGCUUAUAAACCAUAUAAAUAGCCAAAGGAAUAAACUUGACCCAAAUUCACCAGAUGUAUAUGGAGAGAUCAAGUUUUACAGCGAAAUUGUUGAAUUCUUUAUGGAUUGGAUGAUUGAGCGAAUUCGAGAAAGCGGCUUUGGGAACAUAUGGAAAUCACUUGUUGUUUUUCAGAAAAUUACACGGUGUAUGUUGGACACAGGGGCAGAAAGAGCAUAUGGGGCAAUGUUCUUUGCUCAAGGAAAUUUUCCUGACCUUGACCUAUACGAUAACUACUUCCGGCGGAUAUUUCGUUUCAACUACAACUACAAAAGUGCAACAUUUCUGUCCGACCUUGUUGACCCAUUAUUUGACGCAAAAACAGACCAAAGAAGUUAUACAAUUGCAAUACGAAGCCUACGUACAGAAAUUAAGAACAGCAACUUCUCAGGACAUUAUGUCAGCAAAGAAAAGGCAGAGUUCUAUUUCGACAAUUCAACGUUUAGGGUGGAUUAUUUAUACAUAUUACAAGAAGCGGUUGCUAUGCGCGUAAUUCGGCGUAUAAAUUCGACAGUCGACGGAUACACUGAAAACAUCGUCAUAUAUAGCGUCACAGCUUCGUUGGUGAUUAUAGCAUGCCCAUUUAUCAUGUCCUUCUCGGAGCAAUUGACAAGCAACAUGCAGGAGUACUCGAAAAUCCUGGUAAAGGCGUCUGAUGAACUCAAUAAAGAACGUUCUAAAACAGAUUCCCUUCUUUAUCAGAUGUUACCUCGACCGAUUGCAGAUAGGUUAAAACGGAAGAGUGCUGUAGAAUCUGAAUUCUUCAAAUCUGCCACGGUUAUGUUCACCAGCGUGGUCGAUUUUAUUCAGCUGAGUAUUGAAUAUUCUCCAAUGGAGCUGAUCGACCUACUGAAUAUUCUUUAUUCCUCUAUUGAUGACAAAAUUGAGAUGUAUGACGUGUACAAGGUGGAGACAAUAAAUGACACGUACAUGGUUGUAUCAGGAGUGCCUACGCCAAACGGUAGCAGACACGCUUCCGAAAUCACCUACCUUGCAUUGGAUAUAGUGACAUCAGUGAAAUAUAAGACACUUGUAUCAGUGAGCACAAAGCAUCCACUGCAUUUAUUGAUUGGUAUAAGUACAGGUUCAGUGUCAGCUGGUGUAGUUGGAAAUGUGAUGCUAAGAUACUGUUUGUUCGGAGACACCGUGAAUACUGCGUCUAGAAUGAAGUCUAAUGGGCAUCCCGACAAAAUUCACAUCAGUGAAUCAACUUUCAGGAACCUCAGCAAGACAGGAGCGUUUACUUUGUUGCCUAGGGGUAAAAUUGUCGUCAAAGGCAAAGGAGAGAUGAAUACAUACUGGGUUAUUGACUCUACUCGAAGAAGACAAGAAUCUACAGUCGACCACUAUCUUCCCGGUGAAGUAGAGUUCUUACCUGAAAUUAGCUCUACAGACUUAGGAGGCAAGGCUCAGAGUACCAGCCAAGACCAAAGGUUUGAUCGUAAGAUAAAAAAGAACUCGACAACAGUAAAUCAAUUUGCUAUGAAAAAAGUGUCUGUGACGUCAGCAAAGGGAAGUGUCACUUCUGAUUUAGGUGGAGAAUGGAACCAUUUCUAAGAAGCACUGUCUGACCAAAAACAUUAUGAAAUGCAUCAGUAGUUAAAAAAAAGUAUUGUGUUUUGUAUCAAAACUUUAGAUGUUGAAUUCUGCUUAAGCCGAAGCUAGAGUGCGUGAACUCUAACUUUCACU